AUUUCCCGGGCGUCGGGUCUGCGCUACCGACGCGGACCUCCGGCGUCCGCCGCACCGCCCCCUCCGCCCCCGCCCAGCUCAGUAGCUUCGCUCUCGGCCUCAGGACAGGUCGACAGCCUGAGACCCUCCUCAACCGCAUCCCCAGCGCUGGGUCUCCCUGCAACCCCGCAGCCGAUCAGCCGACCUCCCGUUCUUCCCUGCAUCAUCAGGCAUUUGGGAGGCACCCUAAGCCCUGGUGCGGUCUUCUGGCCAGGAUGUCGGGCCUCGUACUGGGGCAGCGGGAUGAGCCUGCAGGGCACCGGCUCAGCCAAGAGGAGAUCCUGGGGAGCACUCGGCUGGUGACCCAGGGCCUGGAGGCCCUGCACAGUGAGCACCAGGCCGUGCUGCAGAGCCUGUCCCACACCAUCGAGUGUCUGCAGCAGGGAGGCCAUGAGGAAGGGCUGGUGCACGAGAAGGCCCGGCAGCUGCGCCGCUCCAUGGAAAACAUCGAGCUGGGGCUGAGCGAGGCCCAGGUGAUGCUGGCUCUAGCCAGCCACCUGAGCACAGUGGAGUCGGAGAAACAGAAGCUGCGGGCUCAGGUGCGGCGGCUGUGCCUGGAGAACCAGUGGCUCCGGGAUGAGCUCGCGGGCACCCAGCAGCGUCUCCAGCGGAGUGAGCAGGCCGUGGCUCAGCUGGAGGAGGAGAAGAAGCACCUGGAGUUCCUGGGGCAGCUGCGGCAGUAUGACGAGGAUGGGCACACUGCGGACGAAAAGGAAGGUGACGCCACCAAGGAUUCCCUGGAUGACCUCUUCCCCAACGAGGAGGAAGAGGACCCCAGCAAUGGCUUGUCCUGUGGCCAAGGCGCUGCAGCAGCUCAGCAAGGCGGAUAUGAGAUCCCUGCAAGGCUGCGGACUCUGCACAACCUGGUGAUCCAGUAUGCAGCCCAGGGUCGCUAUGAAGUGGCCAUGCCACUCUGCAAGCAGGCACUAGAGGAUCUGGAGCGCACGUCUGGCCGUGGCCACCCUGAUGUUGCUACCAUGCUCAACAUUCUCGCUUUGGUUUAUCGGGACCAGAAUAAGUACAAGGAAGCUGAAAGGAAGGAAGCCGCCCCCCGGCUGAACGACGCCCUCAGCAUCCGAGAGAGCACCCUGGGCCGAGACCACCCUGCCGUGGCUGCCACGCUCAACAAUCUGGCUGUGCUCUACGGCAAAAGAGGCAAGUACAAGGAGGCGGAGCCGCUGUGCCAGCGGGCGCUGGAAAUCCGGGAGAAGGUCCUGGGCACUGACCACCCAGACGUGGCCAAGCAGCUGAACAACCUGGCCCUGCUGUGCCAGAACCAGGGCAAGUACGAGGCCGUCGAACGCUAUUACCAGAGAGCGCUGGCCAUCUAUGAGGGGCAGCUGGGGCCCGACAACCCUAACGUAGCCCGGACCAAGAACAACCUGGCUUCCUGCUACCUGAAACAGGGCAAAUAUGCUGAGGCCGAGACCCUGUACAAAGAGAUCCUGACCCGUGCCCAUGUGCAGGAGUUUGGGUUGGUGGAUGAUGACCACAAGCCCAUCUGGAUGCAUGCCGAGGAGCGGGAGGAAAGGAGCAAAAGCCGGCCCCGGGAGGGCAGCACGCCCUAUGUCGAGUAUGGAGGCUGGUACAAGGCCUGCAAAGUGAGCAGCCCCACAGUGAACACCACCCUGAGGAACCUAGGCGCUCUGUACCGGCGGCAGGGAAAGCUGGAGGCAGCUGAGACCCUGGAGGAAUGUGCCCUGCGUUCCCGGAAACAGGGCACGGACACUCUCAGUCAGGCCAAGGUGGCAGAAUUGCUGGGGGAUGGUGACAGUAAAAGGGCCUCCCAGGAGGGCCCUGGGGACAGUGUGAAAUUUGAGGGAGGCGAAGAUGCUUCUGUGGCCGUGGAGUGGUCAGGGGAUGGCAGUGGGUCCCUGCAGAGGAGUGGUUCUCUGGGAAAGCUCCGAGAUGUGCUUCGUAGAAGCAGCGAACUCCUGCAGCAAUAUGAAGCGAGCAGCCUCCUUGAACUAUCUGAACCAACCCAGUGCGGCUCCCCUUCAGGUCUCCCGAGGCCUCAGUGCCAGCACCAUGGACCUGUCUUCAAGCAGCUGACAUUUAACUCACCCCCGGGUCUGCUGGGUUCCCCCACAGCCCUCACAGCAUUCCCCACUGCUCCUGGCUCCGCCCCACCCCAAGGUGGGAUAGUGAAGGGAGUGGUUGAACCAGAGAUUGAAGAUUGCUGCUGCCCUUAGGGUCUCCGCUCCCUCCUCAGGAAUCCCCCUAGGAAGGACCCUCAGGACACUCUCUCCCUACUCUAUGGUCCUCUGGAGUAGUUAGCUCUGAGGCCGCCAAGGUGGGCAAGAAGCAGCCACGUGCCUCAGAGAUGCCACCUGCUGCAGGCUUUUCUGCCGGAGGGUCUGGGGCUGGCUAGCCUCUUAGUCCCUUUCCUCUGCUGCCUCACUUCAGGUCCAUGUAUUUCACUUUUCUUAAAUAAAACAAUCAGGUAACCUU